ACUUCCUAUGUACGUACGUUGGUCAAACAGGAAGCAAAAAAAAUAGGUCCGGUGAAGCCAAAAAAACAGAACCGGUGAAGCCAAAAUAGAAGAUGCAAGACACUAUAGUCCUACUACCAGCUUCAGGCAUGGGCCACAUGAUCUCCAUGGUUGAGCUUGGCAAGCUCAUCCUCCACCACUACGCUCACAAAUUCUCCAUCACCAUCCUUUACACCACAGGCUCCAUUGUCGACAGCCCAAGCAUCGACUCCUACAUCCAUCGUGUCUCCCAAUCCAACCCCUCCAUCGCCUUCCACCGCCUACCCUCUGUCUCCGUUGACACUGCCCCAACUCGCAGCGUCCCCGCCAUAAUGUUCGAGUAUAUCCGCCUCUGCUUAGCCCAUGUCCCCCAAACACUCCAACAGAUCUCUUCCUCAUCCACCAUUCGUGCCCUUAUCAUCGACCUUUUCUGCUCCUCUGCUCUUCCCGCAGCCAAGGAUCUCUGCCUUCCUGUUUAUUAUUUCUACACUUCCGGUGCUUACGCUCUCGCUGCCUUCUUAUACCUCCCCAAGAUCUACGAGCAAACCACCAAGAGCUUCAAGGACCUCACCACAACUGAGCUUCAUUUCCCAGGAAUGUCGUCACCACUGAAAGCAACACACAUGCCUCAACCGACACUCGACCGUGACGACCCUGCUUAUUGGGAAAUGCUCUACUUCUGUUCACAACUUCCAAAAUCAAAUGGGAUUAUAGCUAACACGUUUGAGGGCCUGGAGCCAAAAGCCUUAAAGGCCAUUACUGAUGGUUUGUGCGUUCCUGAUUCGCCAACUCCGCCUGUUUACUCUAUAGGCCCUUUGAUUGCUGACGCAGAAGAUGGCAAUGAAGGUGAUGGAGUGCCUGAGAAUGAAUGCUUGUCAUGGCUUGACAGCCAACCGAGUAGAAGUGUUGUGUUCUUGUGCUUUGGUAGCCAAGGAUCGUUCUCGGUGGCGCAAGUGAAAGAGAUAGCCCAUGGGUUGGAAAGGAGUGGGCAGAGAUUCUUGUGGGUGUUGAAAAAGCCAGUACGCGAUGAGAAAACCAAGCAGACUCAGAAUUAUACUGCGGAUUUCGAUUUGGAGGGUGUGCUGCCGGAAGGGUUCUUGGAGAGAACCAAAGAUAGGGGUAUGGUGGUGAAGACGUGGGCACCCCAAGUGGGUGUGCUGAGAAAAGAAUCAGUUGGGGGGUUCGUGACUCACUGUGGGUGGAAUUCGGUGUUGGAGGCAGUGGUUGCUGGAGUGCCGAUGGUGGCUUGGCCGCUCUACGCCGAGCAGCACCUGAACAGGAAUGUUUUGGUGAACGAUAUGAAGAUGGCUAUUGACUUGGAGCAGAGGGAGGAUGAUGGAUUUGUGAAUGGGGAUGAGUUGGAGAGAAGGGUUAGGGAGUUGAUGGAGUCAGAACAAGGGAGGGAGCUCAGGGGAAAAAGUUGGAAGAUGAGGGAAAUGGCUUUGGCUGCUUUGGGAACAGCAUCUGGUUCAUCUACCAGAGCCCUUGCCAAGUUGGUUGACGCACUUGGAUAGUGUCUGGAAGUAAUUGUAAACUGUGAUGGAAAGGAAAAUGAUUUUCUGCAUACAUCUGUUUGAGAAGAAUCAUGGAAUUUUGCUCAUGAAUGGCAAUGUAAUUGAGCGGGAUCCGGAUAAAAUGUUUAGAUGUUCAAUUCUUAUCAGAAAGUAAGCGGUUUAGACGUUAGUAUCAGGUUUUUAAGUACAGUUUGAGUUUCGUUUAAUUUGCAUACAUGUUUGUCUAUUUAUAGCAAUCCAAUCCCUCUAAGAUCGAACAAGUAA